CCACCCUCCACUCAAAAAAAAAACAAAAAAAAAAAACGCGUGGACAUCCGUAGGGCGCGCGAAAGUUUUUCAGUGCAGACCGGAGCACAACCACAACCACAAGCCUAGGCCACGUUGUUACCCCCCCCCCCCCUCACUCUUCCUGCACAUGAUUUUUAUCGAGGGGGGCAGCUGUAAACCUCCGCGAGUCCCUGCUGACAAACGGAAAACUUUUUCCCAUUUUUUGGAUUUUAUCUUUUUUUUUUCUGUCGAAAGUGCCGUGUGACAUCAUCGAGAGCGAGGUCACUUCGGUCUACAAAAGAAGGCGCAGGCAAACCUCCACCCGGCCUUUAUUUUUUUGUGUUUGAGCCACCGCCACUUGUUGAAGAAGUUCGACUGGUUUCCUGUCGACUAACCGUGGAAGGGGUGUCACGUGACGCGCGCAAGUGUUCAUGCCACGACUUGAUGCGCCUGAACUCUUUGACGCAAGAUGCACGAGCUAAGAGUUGGUUUGGAGCCACAUCAUUGCUUGACAACAGGAUGAGCAACCGGUCCAAGCAGACCUGAGCCAAGAUGCCUUUAUUUGAUGAAACUGUGGCAUUCACUGGACUGUCAAAACCAUCAGACAUGUCUGGGUUCAUCCUAAAGCCGGUGCUCCAGUACGGCGGCGCCUAUUUUUCCUACAACCCCCGAGCGAAGGAUGCAUCAGAAUUGACAUCACCUUGGAGUAACUCGAGCACUACCCUGUUGGAUACCAGAGGUCCGAUAAGUCACGCAUCUGGCGCAACAACUGGCGGUGACAAUUCAUCUCUGCCGUAUGACAAUCCCGUUUUCUUAGCUAUUCCAAAAGCUGUGUAUGGACAUAACCCGUGCUGCCAUGAUCUGGGUUGCAUGAUGGGACACCGGUACAGUGGGGAGCAUCGAUCCCAGACAGGAGCCACUGCUGAUUUUGAGCACAGUUGGACUCGAGGGGAGGCUUACCACAGCCAAAUAUCACCCCUCCAGCAAAAAGGUCAAGACAAACUGCAAGGCUUACCUUUGCAUCCCAGUGAAGAACAAGUCAAGAGCACGAUUACGGAAAGUUUGAGCAGAGGAAGGCCGACUCGAAUGGGGCCAAACUACAGUGGCUACCCCUGUGUGUCUCCCCUCUCCAUGGCAACGUCUUUGAGUGAGCAGAGCAGACAUUUACAGCCUUCCCCUGGAGGCUAUGCAGGCUUUCACCCCUCCCAUGCAACAUACGAGCAUAUGACCUCAGAGCUUUAUCAAGAAUGUUCUCCCAUGUCCAAAUAUGGCCAUCCAACAAAGCACUCAAUGUUUUAUUACCCGCAGGCCAAUGCGGAGGUAGAAAACCGAACACAUUGUGGGGAUGUUGGUGGCAAACAGAGAGAAGACGUUCCGGUUGCGCAAAAAAGCCCAAUCGCAAACCCGCGCGAGCGUUAUACAUUCCCUCAGACGCUUCAUGGCGACAUUCCUUUGUUUUUGCACAGCACUGAAACACAACCAAAUCACACUUUUCUGCAGGGCUUCGGCUAUCCGUGUUACGCACGUCCUGGAUUUCCCAGCGGUCCGAUCAGAAAUGUAGAGAGGCACCAUUUACCACCUGGGCUGCUUUCACAUAGAAUCAGUGUUUCUCCAUCGGACCAAUGUUUGUCCCCUUCAGCCAGCCUUCAGAAGAGCACCACCAACCGCCAUUUUACACCAUUGGACACUUCCCAUUCCUUCCUGCGGUUGGACCCAAUCAGUCCGACACAACAUGUAGGACAGUCCGGGUUGCCUUCCUGCAUUCAAAUUAGCAGAUUGUAUCCCUCGAUCACCCAUCGCCUUGAUCCUCAGAUAGAUCAACCGGUCCUUAAACCUUCUGGCUUGACCAAAGACAGACUGCUGGACCAAUCUUCAAAUGUAUGUCAGUUUACCUGCCCCAAACAUCCCAAAGACCACCAAGUUUCCCCAGGGACGCUGCUUAGCCAAUCUCCCAAACGUGGGACCGAUUGCCUCCACUCGACUUUAACUAACGGCCCUGACUUUGGAACAGUCAUUGCGACCACCAAAAAGCACAACGGACUUGCAUACAACUCUGCUGUCUCUUUUCUCAAAGGCGGCAUGAAGAGACCCUUUCCUUCACUCUUAAAAAUUAAAGAAGAGCCUCUGGAUUUAUGUGAAGUUGACUUGAGUAGAAAACGGCGAAAGUUGGAAAUGGAGGGGGUCCUCAAACGAAAUCAAGAGUCCCCUGAAAUGCCCGUUAUUGAUAAUGUGUUUAGCCUGGCGCCUGACCUACGAUACCUAAAGACACCUGGAGUGUUACUUCCAGAGCUACAACAUCAGAGAAGCAUGCUGAUGUUGUUGACUGAGCACUGCAAAGUCCAACCCACAACACUCCUUAAAGAAAUAAAACCUGACCCAGCUGAACAACCAAUCUAUGUCUGUCCACAGAGGCCUGAAGCACAACUGAUUGAACCCGGAAAGAUCAAAGUGGAGAACAUAAAUCAAUCAGACCCACGUGAUUCUAGUGAAAAUUGUCCAAGUCACACUGCUUGCAGCACAAUACCAGAUCAAAUCAAACUGCAACCUGAAGAUGAAAGUCUGUCAGACACAAAGUCCACGCUGGUCAUUCAGAUAUGUAAACCUGAAAAACUUGAAUGUAAACCUUCAUCACCAGAGGCUGACGAUCCUUCAUAUCCUCCCAAAAGUCCAAGCUCACAGUCUGUGCGUAAUGACAGGACACCAGAGGACCAGGUAGUCAACACUGAGCCUAAACCGGCCAGUCCACUCAAACCACCUGAAGCCGAAUUAGAUGUCAAAACCAGUCCACCUGAGUCCCUGGUUUGCUCCACCUACAAUACACAUCCCGCUGAUAUGGAGGUUUGUCGUCCGCCAGCACCACAAGAAGCACCUCUGCAAAUUCAAGAGGGAUCAUCACCAAGAAAACAGAAACCACAAUCUGUUCGUAAGCAUUUCCUAGAGCUGCAUCGCACUCUCUGCAAGCAGGUAUCCAAAUGUGUGUCUAACACCUCAGAGCAGCAGCUCCGAACCUGGCGCUCUCAACUGGAACUGGUGGAACCCUCGUCAACCAAAGUCCAGAAGGUCUCCUGCUUAUUGGGGAUCAAAGCCAGGCACAAGUGGCUAAAUAAGGAGAUCAGCUCUGCUCUUCAGGAGGUGCUGGAUCGGUUCAGGGAGUACAUCGUACAUAAGCGCUGCCCUUUUCCACACGUCAUGAGAACCGGGGCGGUGUUCCUCCCCAUGCUGGUGAUAAAAGAAAUCCUGUUCCCCUUGGUGCCCGGCAACUUCAUCGACCAAGUCCUGCAAGAACACAAAGUGGAGCUCCGGCCCACGACGCUCUCCGAGGAGAAGAUCCUCAUUCAGGUCCACAAACCCUGCACGUCCCGCCUCAGGAGGCUGAUGUCGCUCAAGCAUCUGCCCAACGUCUACACCGACGUGCUCAACCUCUUGUAUUACUCCAAUGUCUGCAAGCAUCUAGAAUCAACGUCAGCUGAUGUCCUAAAGACUACCCAGGAGUAGAGACGGCGACUUGGGAAGACCCAGACAUCCUCAGCAGCUCCUCGCCGGCAGAGGACCCCAAAGCCAAAUCCCAUGAGAGCAACAGGACCAAGACAAAAAGCAGGGUGAAGAGCAGCUCCAGGCGGACAUUUCU